AUGGAAACUUUUCCCCAAUUUCUACCGGUUUUAGGGGUUCUCAUACUUCUUCUAAUUUCUGCUUACAAAAGAAGCAGUACAAGAAAGAGUAUCAAAUUAGCUCCUGAACCACCAGGAGCUUUGCCUCUUAUAGGUCACCUUCAUUUCCUAAGAGGCCAAGCUCCUGUGGCCAAGAUUCUUGGAAAAAUUGCUGACGACUACGGGCCUGUUUACUCCCUCAGGCUCGGUAGUCGUCAAGCAUUGGUGGUGAGCAGUUGGGAAAUGGUUAAAGACUGUUUCACCACCAAUGAUAGAAACUUCGCCACCAGGCCAGAUACGGCCACUAGUCGGCACAUGGUCUACAACGACGCUGGUUUUGCACUGGCACCAUAUGGACCAUAUUGGCGAGAGAUUCGAAAGCUAGUCACUUCAGAGCUCUUUACUAGCCAACGUCUUGAAAAGUACAAGAAUGUUCGUAACUUGGAAAUCAAGAGCUUCAUUACCCACCUCUUCUCCUUGUCGACCCUAAAGAAUGGAGACCAAAUGUCCACAGUCAACAUGGGCAAGUGGUUCGAGCAAGUAACAUUCAAUGUAACCAUACAAAUUUUGGCCCGAAAAAGAUUUUCUUAUGGGUGUAGGAUUGAAGGUGAUGAUGAAGAUUCACAUGUGCAUGAAGCAAUCAAAAAAGGGUUGUAUCUUAGUGGCAUUUUUGUUGCUUCCGAUUUCUUUCCAAUUUUGGAAUGGAUGGAUAUCGGAGGGCAUUUGAAUGCGAUGAAGGAAGUAGCAAAAGAGGUCGAUAUCGUUAUCGAAAAAUGGCUUAAAGAACACGCUAUGAAGAGAAACGAGAACGAUGGUCGUAAAGAAGAAGAAGAUUUCAUGGAUGUGAUGCUUUCGACCCUAUCAAAAGAUAGCGAAAUGCAUGGCCACCGGCGUGAAACCGUCAUCAAGGCGACAAUAAUGAUUUUGAUGUUGACGGGUUCGGAAAGCACCGCUUUGACGCUAACAUGGGCACUUUCUUUACUGUUGAACAACCCGCACGUCCUACGAGCAGCUCAGGAGGAGCUUGACAUCCAUGUAGGACGAGAGAAAUGGGUGGAAGAAUCAGAUAUUAAAAACCUACCGUAUUUACAAGCCAUAAUGAAGGAAACACUUCGGAUGUACCCACCAGGUCCGUUGGCGGGACCUCAUGAGGCCAUUGAAGAUUGCAAUAUCGGUGGAUAUCAUGUCUCUAAGGGGACACGUUUGAUUGUGAACGUGUGGAAGCUACAUCGCGAUCCACAAGUUUGGUCAGAUCCUCAUGAGUUUAGACCAGAGAGGUUUCUUGAGCAACACUCGAACAUAAAUUAUCAGGGUCAGAAUUAUGAAUACAUUCCAUUUAGCUCCGGAAGAAGAAUGUGCCCUGCAAUCACGUUUGCUUUCCAAGUGGUUCAUUUGACACUAGCUCGGUUACUUCAAGGGUUUGAUUUGUCGACACCAAUGGGAAAGCCCGUGGACAUGAGCGAAGGCUUAGGGAUUGCACUGCCGAAGGUGAAACCACUUGAAGUUAUCAUUACUCCACGAAUUUCUCCAAAUCUCUAUGAUUAA